AUGGCAAGCAGCACGAUGGACGCGGUCGAGGCCAGCUUUGGCCAGCGGGACCUCUACGCAAUCCUGGGCGUCGAGGCCUCGGCGACGACCGCGCAGCUCAAGACGGCGUACCGCAAGAAGGCGCUCAAAUACCACCCCGACAAGAACCCCGACGACGACGAGGCGACGACCAAGUUCCAGCUCCUCUGCACGAUCCAUGCGGCGCUUAGCAGCCCCGAGCUGCGCGCCGUGUACGACGAGACGGGCGAGCUCGAGACCGAGGCCACGGAAACCUCCUCGUUCCGCGACUGGGUGGACUACUGGCGCAACCUCUUCCCCAAGGUCACAACCAAGGACAUUCAAAGCUUUGAGCAAGAGUACCGCGGGUCCGACGAAGAGGCGCGGGAUGUCUUGAACGCCUACGAAAAGUACAAGGGCAAAUGGACAAGCAUUAUGGACGUCGUCAUGCUCUCGAGCGACGACGACAUGGACCGCUUCUCCAAGAUCAUCCAGGAGGCCAUCGAUGCCAACGAGGUGCCUCUGUACCCAGCGUUCACCAAGAAGACCAUAAAGACGAGAAGCAAGAGCAAGAAGGUCGCGGCCGAAGCCAAGGCCGCCGAAGAGCUUCUUGCGAAAAUCCGAGGCAACCAAGCGGGCGGGGCGCUCGCCAAACGGCAGCAAGGAUUUGCAUCGCUCCUCGCCAAGUACGCGGACGCGGAGCCCACGACGUCAAGCAAGACGUCGAAGAAGAAGAAGGCGCUCGACGACGAGCCGUCGGAAGCCGCUUUCCAAGCGGCCCAGAAGCGCCUCAUGAACAAGAAGAAGAAGACAUCGUAA